UUGCAUUUGAUUCAAGUUUGGGUAUAGGUUUGUGAUUAAAAUCAAGUUGUGGGUUAGUUUUGGCAAAAACCCCAACAUUCUUAUUCUAAAGUUUUACAUGAUGUACUAAUAUAAGAUUGAAUAAAACGUAAUGUUUCUAUCCAUUUGAAGGAAGAAAACGUAACUCUAUAAUACGAAUUCUAAAUUUGAUUAUUUCUGAAAGUAAUAAGUAUUAACCAUCACAUUAACGGAAAUCUAGGAUUAAAACACACACAUUUUCCACUUGUUUUUGCUUUAUCUCCUUUAUUAUACUGUCUCCACCAUUCUUCAAACAAUCUUUUUCAUUUCUUUGAUGAAUCUUUGUUCCUUGUUUUUCCCCUCCUGAAGUCGAGGAUUUUUAGGUGAAUUUACUAUAUUUUUCUUUUACCAAACCAUUUUUUUGUUUUGUUUUUAAUUAUUUUCUUAUUUUUGAUAGGAGAAUCCGCUAAUUAAGACAAACCUACAACUUUCUAAGAUGUAUUCUUAAUUUGUCUCCAAGAAUUAUUUUGGAGUCUUGAGCAAUGAUCUUUCUUCACUUCGUUUAUCUUUUAUAGAAUUGUUUUCCUCAGUUUUGAUAGCCGCCAACUUCUUGUUUCUGGAACCGUGACGAGUAAUAAAUAGCAUUUUGCGAUCGUGAAUUUCGUGUUGUUGCAUGCAACAAUUUUCAUAUUUUUCUUUUAAAAUUUUCAUCUUCUUUUUCUUAUGUAAACAAAAAGAAAACACCUGAAUUAGAGACCUAUGCAACUGACAAUGUCAAGCUCCAAGAUGAAAAGCCUCUUGAAAGGUCUAAGAUACAUUUCUCAAGUUUUUGAAAGUGGAAAAGAAGAAGAGAUAAAGAUAGGGAAUCCAACGGACGUAAAGCAUGUUGCCCAUAUUGGUUGGGAUGGUCCAUCCGCUACUCCUGCCUCCGCACCAAGCUGGAUGAACGAGUUCAAAAAUGGUGGAGGAUUCGAAUCUGGACAAGGAGGCGGAGAAGAUGAUUCAUCCGUGAAAUGUAUGUCGGAAUGUGGCGGUCGGACCAGAGAUUUACCUAACCUACCAAAAUCUUCAAGGAAAGCGGCUUCCGAGAAAGGUUCUCCGACAAGGGAAAUAUCAUCUGACAAAACUAAGCGAAGGUCUUCGAAGAAAGGAACAACAUCAUCGUCAAGAAGACCAAAGGAAGUGUCUGAACUAAAUGAGCGUUCUUCGUUACAGGAAGCUCCGAAGAAAUCGAGGAGGAAGAAGAAGAAGACGAAAGAAAUUGGAGGAUCAACUAGAUCGAUACGAAGAUCUGAUGUGGAUAACAUGUCGGAUUAUAUGUCUGAAACUGGUUCUAUAAGAUCUAUGCCUCAAUUCGACAACAGAGAUGACUUUUGAAAAGGAGAGCCAGACAGAAGAAGAGAGUCUUUCCUUCCUGCUUGGAGACAUGCAUGGCUAAUUAAUUUUCAGAACAUACCAUUUUAUAUUAGAUUUUUUAGUCUUCAUUCUUGUACUGUGAUUAUUAUUCACCUUAAUUACAAGAAUACAUUUUUGUUUCUUUAAAUAUAAUCGGAGAUUUUGAACAUAAUUCGAGACUAUCUUUUACCAGCGGCUUUCUCUCCAAGGCAUCAUCCAUUUCCACUAUUUAUCAAUCAUUGGAUGUAUAUGUACAUAACAAUUAAUCUUGAAUUUUGCAUCUUAGAGUGAUGCAUUUUUUUUGGGCUAAAAUGUGAAUAUAAUAGAUAUGAAAAGCUUAGGAUAUACAAUAGCCUACAAUGGUGAUUCCUUGGAAAAAAGAAUAAAAGUUUAAAAUCUAUCAAUUUAAAAAAUCCAUAACUCAACAUAAAUUCAUCUUCCAAUAACUUUCCCCCUAUUCUCCUGAAUAUGUUGAUAUUGCUAAUGAAGAACUUCUGCAUUUUCCGGAGCAUUGGAAAAAUGACGAAUCAAAAAUUGUUAGGAACACUCUAGAGAAGACAUCCGGUUUAAGCUGUGGACCGGAAGUUAUGUUGCAAGAUUUACCCAAAGUGAAGAAUUCAUUAGCAAAAAAAAAAAAAAAUCUAGAAAAUGUUUUUACAGAAAAAUGAACAUUUUUAUGGUAACAAAUCGCUGAGAUUCCGCAAAAUUCUGGUACUAAGGGCC